AUGCAGAUUUUCGUUAAAACCUUGACGGGUAAAACUAUUACGCUUGAAGUUGAGCCAUCCGACACCAUUGAAAAUGUUAAAGCUAAAAUUCAAGACAAAGAAGGCAUUCCCCCAGAUCAGCAACGCUUGAUCUUCGCAGGAAAGCAGUUGGAAGACGGUCGCACACUGUCUGACUACAAUAUUCAAAAAGAAUCUACCCUCCAUCUUGUUCUGCGUCUCCGUGGCGGUAUGCAGAUUUUCGUGAAAACUCUCACUGGUAAGACGAUUACCCUUGAAGUUGAGCCUUCAGACACUAUCGAGAAUGUUAAGGCUAAAAUCCAAGACAAAGAGGGUAUUCCCCCAGAUCAGCAGCGGUUGAUCUUCGCUGGCAAACAACUAGAGGAUGGCCGCACUCUCUCAGACUAUAACAUUCAGAAAGAAUCAACACUUCACCUUGUAUUGCGACUCCGAGGUGGUAUGCAGAUAUUUGUGAAAACUCUUACUGGCAAAACCAUCACUCUCGAGGUUGAGCCUUCUGAUACAAUUGAAAAUGUGAAGGCCAAAAUCCAGGACAAAGAGGGUAUCCCCCCUGACCAGCAGCGACUUAUCUUUGCUGGCAAACAAUUAGAAGACGGCCGCACUUUGUCGGAUUAUAACAUCCAGAAAGAAUCCACACUGCACUUGGUACUACGUCUGCGAGGUGGUAUGCAGAUUUUCGUCAAAACUCUAACUGGUAAAACCAUUACUUUGGAAGUUGAGCCAUCUGACACCAUCGAAAAUGUAAAGGCCAAGAUUCAAGACAAGGAAGGCAUCCCCCCUGACCAACAGCGUCUUAUCUUUGCUGGCAAACAAUUAGAAGAUGGCCGCACUUUGUCUGACUACAACAUCCAGAAAGAGUCAACCCUUCAUCUUGUCCUCCGUCUGCGAGGUGGUAUGCAGAUAUUUGUGAAAACUCUUACUGGCAAAACCAUCACACUGGAGGUUGAGCCUUCUGAUACAAUUGAAAAUGUGAAGGCGAAGAUCCAAGACAAAGAAGGCAUCCCUCCAGACCAACAGCGUCUUAUCUUCGCCGGCAAGCAAUUGGAAGACGGACGUACUCUUUCCGACUACAACAUCCAGAAAGAAUCCACCCUGCACUUGGUACUACGUCUGCGAGGUGGUAUGCAGAUUUUCGUCAAGACCCUCACUGGCAAGACCAUCACUCUGGAGGUUGAGCCAUCUGACACCAUCGAAAACGUAAAAGCCAAGAUCCAAGAUAAGGAAGGUAUCCCUCCAGACCAGCAACGUCUUAUCUUCGCCGGAAAACAGUUGGAAGAUGGACGCACUCUUUCCGACUACAACAUCCAGAAAGAAUCCACCCUGCACUUGGUAUUACGUCUGCGAGGUGGUAUGCAGAUUUUCGUCAAAACUUUGACUGGCAAAACCAUCACUCUCGAAGUUGAGCCUUCAGACACGAUUGAAAAUGUAAAGGCCAAGAUCCAGGACAAGGAGGGUAUUCCUCCUGACCAGCAGCGUCUUAUCUUUGCUGGCAAACAAUUAGAGGAUGGCCGCACUUUGUCCGACUACAACAUCCAGAAAGAAUCAACCCUUCAUCUUGUGCUCCGUCUGCGAGGUGGUAUGCAGAUUUUCGUAAAAACCUUGACUGGCAAGACUAUUACUCUGGAGGUUGAGCCUUCGGAUACUAUUGAGAACGUCAAAGCCAAAAUCCAGGACAAAGAAGGCAUCCCCCCUGAUCAGCAGCGUCUUAUCUUCGCUGGCAAGCAGUUGGAAGACGGACGCACUCUAUCUGACUACAACAUUCAGAAAGAGUCAACCCUCCAUCUUGUACUCCGUCUGCGAGGUGGUAUGCAGAUUUUCGUCAAAACUUUGACUGGCAAAACCAUCACUCUCGAGGUUGAGCCUUCUGAUACGAUUGAAAAUGUAAAGGCCAAGAUCCAGGACAAAGAGGGUAUCCCCCCUGACCAGCAGCGUCUUAUCUUUGCCGGUAAACAAUUAGAGGAUGGUCGCACUUUGUCCGACUACAACAUCCAGAAAGAAUCAACCCUUCAUCUUGUGCUCCGUCUGCGAGGUGGUAUGCAGAUUUUCGUAAAAACCUUGACUGGCAAGACUAUUACUCUGGAGGUUGAGCCUUCGGAUACUAUUGAGAACGUCAAAGCCAAAAUCCAGGACAAAGAAGGCAUCCCCCCUGACCAGCAGCGUCUUAUCUUCGCUGGCAAGCAGUUGGAAGACGGACGCACUCUGUCUGAUUACAAUAUUCAGAAAGAAUCAACCCUUCAUCUUGUACUCCGUCUGCGAGGUGGUAUGCAGAUUUUCGUAAAAACCUUGACUGGCAAGACUAUUACUCUGGAGGUUGAGCCUUCGGAUACUAUUGAGAAUGUCAAAGCCAAAAUCCAGGACAAAGAAGGCAUCCCCCCUGAUCAGCAGCGUCUUAUCUUCGCUGGCAAGCAGUUGGAAGACGGACGCACUCUAUCUGACUACAACAUUCAGAAAGAAUCAACCCUCCAUCUUGUACUCCGUCUGCGAGGUGGUAUGCAGAUUUUCGUCAAAACUUUGACUGGCAAAACCAUCACUCUCGAGGUUGAGCCUUCUGAUACGAUUGAAAAUGUAAAGGCCAAGAUCCAGGACAAAGAGGGUAUCCCCCCUGACCAGCAGCGUCUUAUCUUUGCCGGUAAACAAUUAGAGGAUGGUCGCACUUUGUCCGACUACAACAUCCAGAAGGAAUCAACCCUUCAUCUCGUGCUCCGUCUGCGAGGUGGUAUGCAGAUUUUCGUAAAAACCUUGACUGGCAAGACUAUUACUCUGGAGGUUGAGCCUUCGGAUACUAUUGAGAACGUCAAAGCCAAGAUCCAGGACAAAGAAGGUAUCCCCCCUGACCAGCAGCGUCUUAUCUUCGCUGGCAAGCAGUUGGAAGACGGACGCACUCUGUCUGACUACAACAUUCAGAAAGAAUCCACCCUGCACUUGGUCUUGCGUCUUCGUGGCGGCAACUAA